CAAAGAGACAUCGAUGAUAAGUGGUUGAUACUGCUAUUAAAAUUUUAGUUUAAGUGAUGUUUUUUUAAUUAGCAAGAUUAAAAUUUCAUAAGCAAAGCAUCAUAAAAUGAAGUCGUUUCAAAAGUAUUUCUACGUUUUGUUUCUCUUGGUUAUAACUGCAUUGCAUGCAGUGGAUGUUGGUAGGGAGUCACAAGGUAAAGACCGAAAGUCUGACUUCUAUACAUCACUGGAUAGCUUUCGAAACAACGGAAAGCAAACUUUUUGUGCAUCACUUAACGCUCGAUGUAAAGAUGCCGAAUGUAGAAUUUGCGAAUGCAUCAACUCGACUUACACAUUUUUAUCUUAUUUGCACGGUUGCAAGAACGUUGGUGAAACUAUGAAGGAGUUGAACAACACCGGUUGUUUUGAUAGUGGAAACAAAGACAUAAUUCCUCUAGUCUUGUUAAAUGAUAAUAAUGCUAAGUUGAUUGAAAAACCUGCAAUCAUUACAAGUCUCUCAGGCAGAGAUUGCUACGCAAGAGACAUCCGUGCUGUUAGUGACUUAGAUGCGACGUUCAGCUUGUUUUCAAAGAAUAAUUUUGGUAAAAGAAUCGAAAUAGAGAAUUCUAUUAGUGGGAGGUCUAUAAAGUUGAAAAACAUGACCGGCAUGGAUGGCAUGUUGGCAAAAUUGGAAAUAGAAUGCGUGCAUACAACGUUGCCUAAUACGCCUAUAUGGAGUUGCUUUCUAUUUAAAGUUGAAGGGGAUAUACCGAUUGAAACAGCCACUACAUCAACGACCACGACAACAACGAUCACGACAACAACGAUCACCAUGAGUACUAAAAAUACUGCUACCAUGAGUACCAAAGAUCCAACUACUUCAAAUACAAACGUACAGACUGCAACAACAGAUUUCACUGUAACACUCUUCACUACCAAUUCAGAAUCGACAAAGGCGGGUAAAGUAGACGGAGACGACAACAAAAACACUGCAGUUAUAAUUGGAGCAGUGGUUGGAAUUAUUAUAAUAAUUGUGUUACUUAUUAUAUACCUACUCUAUCGACAAAAAAGACAAAAGAAAAACAAAGCAAGCGCGCAAAUAUCGGUUGUAAAGAACGGCAGUUCGGAUUCUGAUUAUUCUGAAGUCAACAUACGGCAGAAGGAGGUUGGUGAUAACAACAACCAAGAAAGAGAAACACCCGUCGAGAAUAUUAACAAUCCUCUAUACAUCAGCGACAAAAAUCCAGCUUGGAGAAAUUCUAAAUCAGAAAAUCCCAUAUAUGGUGACAACAGCUACGAACCAUUAUCUCCUCGUUCAGAAGAUGAAAGUUUUUAUGCGGAAAUAAAAGAUCAGAAACCUCGCACCUUUUUUCCGGCUGUGCCGUCAGUAGCACCUAGUGAAGUACCAAAAGAAGGAACUAGCGAUGGUGUUAAUGUUGAUAAAACUGGGGUGUUUGAUCUCAUAACAGACCAAGAGCUGAAAAGAGACAGCAAGAAGGACGCCCAAGGCUACGAAUAUAUGGAUGUAGAAAACAAUACAAAAAAGGGUGAAGGUUUUUAUGAUGAAAUUUGAUGCCACAUAGUACAUUUCACACAUUUAGUGUUCAUUUCGCUUUAAACUCAAAAAAAUUAUGUAUCUAUCCGAAAAUCUGGACUGACUAAACAAUCUCACCUUUUAUUCUUCAAGGAAAGAAAAGUUCUAAGGAAAAACAAAGUUCUAAGGGUAAUAAAACACUUGCUCUGUUGUUAAAAUCUGAAGGAAGAUAAGCGAAGAAAGAAUUGUCUGUGAUUGUAGAACAAUAGAAUAACAAUACCUUAGAUCAUACCGAAAAGCUUCCAAAUGAGCUCUUUCCAAUAUCUCUAACUUUUAAUUCGCACCAUUAUGUGUUUAUAAUUUAAUGUUAAUACAACUUGUUCGCUGUUUAUUUUUGCAUCAACGACAAGAGUAUAUAAUUCAUUUUUUAAAUUUUCAAUAGUCUUCAUCCACCUUCUGGCCAAUUGAUAAAAAAUACGUCAGAUAAUGAUGAAAACAAUUAGGCAAAAGAUUAACAUCUCCCUCCUACUUUAAGAAAUCGUUUUGUAAGUUCUGUCUUUAGUUUUGCAGGUACAGUAAGAUUUUAACCUUCAAUGCGAAAACAAAACCGAACGUCUUAAUUUAAACAAAUCAAAACACCGAUAAGGUCCAAAAAAAAGCAAGGAGCGGAUUAUUUAAGUUCUUUUACUUCACAAAAUGUCUUUUAUAUAAGACUGUUUUCUCAGCUGUCAACUAUAGUUGCAGAUGCUGUCAACUACGUACGUUCGUGUGUUCGUUAUUUAAAAUAUAACAUUUG